AUGAGCUCUGCGAAUCCAAACCACAUCUCGCAUCAGGAGAUGGUGGCAAGGUUCUCGGGUCGAGAAGUGGAGCCCAAGGAGACGGAGGCUGCAAUUUCCACGUUGUCGGCCUCACUGCAAUCGCAGGUCCUGGAGCACAUAGCUCGAACUCAUUCCGCUUCGGAUUCGAAAGCCGAAGCGCUCUCGCCGCCACGUGGGCAACUGGAGCAAGUCACAGGUCCAGAAGACGAGGAGCCCAAAACCGACAUCGGACCUGUCGGUGACCCCUCGGAGCCGUCACGACACAAGGACUCGGACCAUCCUCCCAACCCGGCAGGGGAAGCUGAGGUUUCCGAAGAGCCGGAGAUGCAGAAGUCGGCAAAGUCCGCAGCCGCCGUGCCCGAGCCGACCUCCCCAACAACUCCGCAGGCGGAGCACGAAGGAGCCGCGCAGGUUGGCAGUCUCACCGACUCGACCGAUCCGGUGCUACCUGACCAAUCCGAGGAGCAAGAGCUUCGCCCGCCUGAGGAACAGACUGACGUCCGUCCCGAUGAGUCAGUCAAGGCAGGUUCGGCAACAGAGCCCGGACCCAAGCCCUUGUCGUCUCUGCACGUCAUUGAGCAUUCGCCAAUGGUGGCGGUUCGAAGCCAGCCGUGGAUGCAGAGUCCUGUCAUCGCUCAUUUGCGGCCUGGCCAGCACGUGAACCUCGGAGAAUGGGAUGCUACGCAACAGUGGCGACGGGUAGUCUCCGAAGACGGGGGUUGGUUACCCGUGUGGCAUCCGACCCUGGGGUGCUUGGUGACGCUGGUCGGCGUAGAGGCAUAUCCGCUGAAGCGCGAUUUCGACCGCCUCCCUGGCCCCUCUGUAUCGGAAGUGUGGGAGGAGCUCUACAGCAAUGGCUGCUUAAAUGUACCUCCACCAGAGCGUACCGAAACCGGAGCCGUAGGGCCCGGAGGGACAACGGCUGCCAAGGCUCUCAUGGAGGUCAUGACGAUGGGUAGGGCACAAACACCCGAAGGCGAGAUGGCACUGGCGUCUCUUGACCCAAACACCGUUGAACAUGUCAUCAAGAAGCUGACGAAUGCCAGCUCUGGAAUACGCCUGGCAGCCAUCGAGAUCCUCUCCAACAUGAGCUCUGCCUCCUUCCAGGAGCUUUCUGUCAAAGCCAUCCAGAGCCUGCUGGACCGCCUCCACGAUCCAGUAGCAGAGGUUCGUGCCGCGGCGGCUGUCCCAGUUGAGAAGGAGCACGGGAUACGCAGAUGCAACAUGGCCUCUGAUGGCAAACAGGAAAAGCACAUGGGCAUGGAAGCCCGCCUGCCCCGGACACCUUCUGGUGAAACGAAAUCGAAGAAUGCCCAGAUCUGGAAGGGCUUUGUGCAGGGCUCUGUUGGCGCAGCGAUCGGCGGAUCCUGUGCGCAUCCCUUGGACUUGAUCAAGGUGCGGAUGCAGCUGCAGACUGAAGUUCCCAGGCUCAGCAUGUUGCAGAUGGGCCCUCAUAUUGUCAAGAAUGAGGGUGUCCUUGGCCUCUUCAAAGGUGUCGAUGCCUCGGCAGCUCGGCAACUGGUCUACAGUGGGGUCCGGUUCGGGAUGUAUGACAUGCUCAAGGGCUUCUGCGGCGAGUCCCAGAGGCCUCUCAGCACGGCAGAGAAGGUCAUUUGCGCGGCUGUGGCUGGUGCAACCGGAGCUUUCGCUGGAAAUCCGGGCGAUCUGGCAAUGGUACGAAUGCAGGCGGAUGGCAAGCUGCCAGAAGCAGAACGUCGGGGCUACAAAAACAUCUUUGAUGCGGUUGGCAAGAUCGCGCGUUCAGAAGGAGUUCUAUCCAUGUGGCGUACAGGAGUUGUGCCCAACAUGAAUCGUGCAACGAUAAUUACUGUCGGACAGCUGGCAGCGUACGACACCUGCAAGGAGGUCUUCGUUGAUACUUUCAAGAUGAAGGAGGGUGUCGGGCUCCAUUUGUCUUCCAGCUUCGGAGCUGCCUUCAUCGCGUCAGUGAUGUCCAAUCCUGUCGAUGUGGCGAAGACCCGGCUGAUGAAUCAGAAAGCCGAAGAGGGCAAGCCUUUGCUUUACAGAAGUACGGUGCAGACGAUGAGCACCAUUGCGCAGCAGGAGGGACCUUUAGCCUUGUACAAGGGUUUUCCGGCCACCUUUGCUCGGCAAUGCCCUUACGUCGUGAUCACCUGGGUCACCGUUGAGCAGCUGAAAAAGAUCAUGAAGGAUUGGUGA